GACAGGACAGGACAGGACGACGACGACGACGACUCCUCACCAUGUGGAAGCAGCUGUUUGCCCUGCCGCCAGCGCUUCUCGCCUUCAUCCUCGCUGCCCCUCUGCCGGCGCACGCCCAGUACCCACCUCCAGCAUCGUACGAUAACAUCCUCCUGUCGCCUGUCGACCCCGAGGUGACGGUCGCCUACAAACAGCCUGCCAAUGGCACCUGUACCACCGCCUUCACGACGCAAAAGCAGUAUACCGGCUACAUUGGGCUGCCUCCUUAUACACUUGCACCCAUACAGCAAAAUUAUUCCAUCAACACCUUCUUCUGGUUCGUGGAAGCACGGCAAACGCCAGAGUCAGCCCCGUUGACCAUUUGGCUCAAUGGGGGGCCAGGAUCGAGCAGCCUGUUUGGCUUUUUCAACGAGAUUGGGCCUUGUGAAGUGGUGCAGAUGGCAGACGGGUCAUAUGGAACACAAAUGCGGACCUUUGGGUGGGAUCGCAUAUCGAAUGUCCUCUUCAUCGAUCAGCCCAAUCAGGUCGGUCUAUCCUACGAUACUGCGACGAACGCCUCUCUCAAUCUGUUCACCAACGAAAUCUUUGAGCCUCCCACUUCUCCUGACCCCUCGCUCCCAAGCUUCAUGUAUCUCAACGGCACAUUCGGGUCUGCGAACGAGAACUCGCCCACAUCACACGUCACGAGUGCGAAUACGAGCGAGAUUGCAGCGGCAGCAACCUGGCACUUCCUCCAGACCUGGCUCUCGACAUUUUCCCAGUACAAUCCGGCGACUCGACCCAAUGUCACCACUCCCAACUCGGACCAGCCUGCUGGUAUCAAUCUCUUCACGGAGUCAUACGGCGGCAAGUAUGGGCCAGUCUUCGCGUCGUACUUUGAGGAACAGAACGCGAAAAUACAGAAUGGACAGCUAUCUUCUACAAAUACCUUGCCGAUCAAGCUGCAGUCCCUGGGCAUUAUGAAUGGCCUUGUUGACGAUCUUGUUCAAGACUACUACUACCCAGCGUUCGCAUACAACAACACUUACAAAACGCCACUGAUCGGCCAGACUACUCAACUGAACGCAUUUAGUAAUUUCACACGCCUGUGUGUACCAGCCAUUCAGGCAUGUCGCACCGCCACCUCGGAUCCGUACGGAGACAAUGACGCGACGAACGACUUGUGCGAGAGUGCACAGUAUACGUGCAACAAUCUGACAGCGCUUGCCUUGGGUGCUGGAUAUAAUCCUUACGACAUUCGCCAGAAAUUGCCCAGUCCAGAUCCACCCACUGCGUACGUCGAGUAUCUCAACAACGGCUCUGUCUUGGAAUCGAUUGGAGCCCGCGUCAACUACACCGAGAGUAGCCCUUAUGUGCAAGCCGGCUUCAUCUCUACAGGCGAUACGAUCCGUGGAGAUGCCAUUCAAGAUCUGGCCAACCUGCUCAAGCUUGGUGUGCGAGUGGCGUUCAUCUAUGGCGACGCCGACUUUGUGUGCAAUUGGCUCGGCGGGCAAGCUGUAGCCUUUGCAGUGGCCGACGCUGUACCUUCAUAUCCAGUGCCCACUGGCGUAUCGCUUACAGGAUCUCCGAUACCGCCCAGCUACGCGAGUGGCUUCAAUCAAGCCGGAUUCGCCCAGAUUGUCGUGAAUGACUCCUACGUGGGCGGUGCGGUUCGUCAGUAUGCGAAUUUGAGCUUUAGCCGUAUCUACGACGCUGGCCAUUUCGUGCCGUUUUACCAGCCCGAGACAGCCUUUCAGAUCUUCGCCAGGAUUAUCUUGGGCAACGACCUAUCCACUGGUGAAGACAUUGACCUUGAGUUCUUCAUGUCGAAUGGGACGACGAAUUCCACCCAUACGAACAAUGUUCCGGAUGCACCAGAAUCCACCUGCUGGGUUCGCAACUUUAACAGCUCGUGCACAGACGACGAGAUUGAUGCCAUGAAGACAGGAAAAGGAAUUGUACAGCACGGAAUCUACUACCAGGAGUCCAAAGAUAUCACUCUGCCCAAGACGACGGUGAUGGCCGGUGUACCUGGCAAACCCAUGACGACGACGACGACUAGCAGCGGGAUUUCAGCGAGCACCAGUGGGACCACGGUACCCCUAACGGGAGUUUACACGGCUACUGGAACACCAACGUCCAGUGGAGGUGCAGUGAGGCAUGUCGCAAGCAGAGACAGCAGCCUGUCACUCACUCAGGCCGUGAUUGUGAUGGCGGGAUUGGUUGCCGGCAUGGCCAUCAGGCUUUGAGGAGCACAAGGCAUAUCAAAAGUACACAGGAGAAUGGCUCUGUUAUUGUGGUUGUUGUUUUCGAAAAAGAUACCCCAAAGCCCCAGAGAGUAAUAGGUUGGCAGAGCAUUAUGUUGAGAACC